AUGGAUAUCCCAACUCAUCUUGGAAGAGUCAUUUAUUCCGCAAUGAAGGCAGAAGAAGAUGCCAAAAGCAUCAAAGAGCUUAAAGAUUUUGUGAAGGCCGGAAAGGCAAAAGACAUGAUAUCACUAAAUGAUAAGCUCAUGUCUUUUGCCAAGUAUGGCCAAGAAAUAUCUCUAAAGGACGAGAAAAAAACACUGAAGUAG